GUACACAUUUGUGAGCUUUAGACUUGCUUGCCUGAGCUGCCAACUUGAAGGGACAAGCCGAAUUGACCUUUUUUCGCCAGCGUAACCACCUUGGUAUUCAUACAUUACAGAUACCAGACGUCCUCACAAGUUCAUACUCUACCACUACUUCUUUACAAGAUGGCGCAAGUAAUAACCAACUCUGGUCACGACGACAUGAUUCACGAUGCCGUUCUUGACUACUACGGCCGACGGCUCGCAACAUGUUCCUCGGAUAAGACGAUCAAGAUUUUCGAGAUAGAAGGCGAGUCUCAACGACUCACAGAAACAUUAAAAGGUCACGAAGGUGCGGUCUGGUGUGUUUCGUGGGCGCACCCUAAAUACGGCAACAUUCUUGCUUCGGCAGGCUACGACGGCAAGGUCUUUAUUUGGCGCGAGCAGUCCAACCAAUGGCAAAGAAUCUUCGAUUUUGCCCUCCACAAGGCCUCGGUGAACAUGGUCGCAUGGUCACCCCACGAAUCUGGCUGCCUCCUUGCCUGCGCCUCAUCCGACGGAAACGUUUCCGUUCUCGAGUUUAAGGACAACAACUUUUCUCAUGUCUCCUUCCCGGCGCAUGGCCUUGGUGUGAACUCGGUUUCCUGGGCACCUGCGACAACACCUGGCAGUAUCGUUUCUUCGGCACCAUCAGGACCUGGUGCUCUUGGCCAACGUCGCUUUGUCACGGGAGGCUGCGACAAUGUGCUAAAGUUGUGGGCUUAUGAUCCUGCUAGUCAGGGCUACAAGCAAGAGAGGGAGCCUCUAGCAGGCCACACGGAUUGGGUGCGAGACGUGGCAUGGAGCCCGACAGUAUUGCAAAAGAGCUACAUCGCGUCGGCGUCACAAGACAAGACGGUACGAAUUUGGACGAGCGACAAUACGAGCCAAGGCCAGUGGUCUUGCAAAGUCCUGAACUUCGAGGCUGAGGUCUGGCGGGUUAGCUGGAGCUUGAGCGGGAACGUGUUGGCCGUUAGCGGCGGCGACAACAAGGUUUCGUUAUGGAAAGAGAACCUGCGGGGUGAGUGGGAGUGUGUUAAGACCAUGGAAGAAUAGUCACUAAGCCCGUCGUAUGGGAGGUGUAUUGAUGACGGGGUUGAGGAUGACUGACGAAGCCCGGCGUUCACAAGUAGAUGGGGAUACUGAUUCGGUAGGACUACUGGUCAAUGAAAAAGAAAAUGGCAGCCCUGGAGAGUAACCUGAAUUCUAUAGCUACAAGAGCCACUACGAAAAUCAAUGUGAUAUCUUACAACGGUUACCUGCUUACCUAUUUACCUAAGGUGUAAUAUCAACUUAUUACCUGUAGCCCUCAUCGUUUUGAAAGACGCCAGUAUAUAUUACUGAGAU